CAUGCAGGUCGAGAUAAAACUCGCGUAAGACACGGUUAUAUUUCACAGCGUAUAGUUGUAUCAUCUGAAGAGCUUUCAACAAUUAGUCCAAUAGUUUCCGAAGCUCCUGGCUAUUAUCUUGAAAUUGGUAAGCAAUUCAUGAAUUCUAGCAUGGGAUUCAAUGAAAAAUCUUUUGAAUUGUUCACCCGGGUCAUAAUUUUUCAGAUAGGUCCAAUCACUAAGUACCAAGGCUGGCAAUGGAUAUACUCCAUUGAGAAAAUUACCAAUGGAACCAAUGGAGUGAAUGGAGUGAGUGGAGCCAAUGAUACUAAUGGAGAACCUAAUGGAGCCAGUGGAGAACCCAGUAGAGAUAAUGGCUCCAAUAGAAAUAUCUAG